GCCGUCCCAAGCACACACACCGCUCUCUUUCCCUUCCUCGAGCCAUCCAUCGCCUCCCUUCUCCUUAUUCUAACCGCUUCGCCUCCUCUCCCCUCUCUUCUUACCCGUCUUCUCCUAUUUCCUUUAGGGUUUCUUCUCCGCCCUUCUCACUCCACUUUCAACGCCGCAAUCCAAAUCCUUUGCUUUGUCUCGCUUCCUCUCCUCCGUUUCCGGUGCUGUUCGGUUGCUGGCGGGCUGAAGAUUGCAUCUUGAGCGGGGGAUCAAUGGCGAUUUUGAAAGAUGACUCUAGGGUUUCGAGGAGGGACAGAAAAUCCUCACCCGUGAGCAGAGGGAGCGGUUCGAUCCAGGAUACAGAGGAGGAGGCCUGUACGAGGAGUGCGAAGGUGGUGUCUUAUGCUUCGGAAAUUUCAGACGUGGACUCCGGCAUGGAAUCCGACGAGUUUGAUCCGGCUGAGCUUGGUGAGCCGGGAACUCAGUUGUGUCAGGUGGGGAACCAGAGUUUUAGCGUUCCCCUCGAGCUCUACGACCUCUCUGCCUUGGGGACAGUGCUGUCCUUGGAGACGUGGAAUGAAUGCCUCUCGGAGGACGAGCGUUUUUUGUUGGCUGAGUACCUCCCGGAUAUGGAUCAGGAGACGUUUGGGCGCACUCUCAAAGAGCUGUUUUCAAGGGAAAAUUUUCACUUUGGGAGUCCGCUUGAUACUCUAUUCAUUCAGUUGAAAGGAGGGCUCUGUGAUCCGAGGAUUGUUCUUUACCGUCGAGGUUCUAGUUUUUUACAGCGGCAUGAAUACUACCAUCACCUGUGUAAAUAUCAUAAUUCUAUGGUAAGAACUCUUGUCCGCACAAGGGAUGCAUGGAGGAAGUGCAGUGGAUAUGCUAUUGAAGAAAGACUUCGGCUACUUAAUAUCCCGAGGAGUCAGAGGCCUUUGAGCUAUGUUGGAAAUGAUGAUGUUAGUUGUGAGAUGGCUUCAGAGAGUGGGGAUUCUGAUAAUUGGCAUUUGAAUAAGCGGUUUAAGAAAGACCAGCAGUUUGUGAAGCCUGCAUUUGAUAUCAUGCCCCAUAAGAUUGACAUGACUUACCAGUCAGUAAGGGACACAAAAGAGUACUCAAAGGGUGUUUUAAAAGUUGCCCCUUCUAAGGUUUUAGCACAGGAAUGCGUUGGAUCAUCACAUGGAUAUCCUUCAGCAUUGAAGCAUGGAUCAAAACAGAAUAAAUUUGCUGGGUAUGAUGUGAAAGCAUCCAAAAGAACUAGAGAUCAUAUUAGCAAUGACCAUGAUGAUAGGGAAGAAGAAUUUGUGGCUUCACAAGGGGACUGGGCUGCAAGAAAUAGCCAUGCAGUAGCCAGAACUAAUAUGCUGAUAUCAGGAAAGAAACAAGGACAACAAAAAAGAUACGAUACAGACAGUCACAAUGAUGAAGAUCCUGAAAUCGAUAACAAUUUUAGCCAUGGUUGUGGGGGAAAAUGGAACUCAGGCCAAGAAAUAACUUCUUAUAUUCAUGAUUCUUCUGAACACACCAAAGCUAAAUAUUUUGACAGAGUCUGGGUGUAUCCUUCAACCCGCAGUGACCGAAAACACAAGCUAAUCGAUUCCAUGCAGCUAAAUGAGAUACAUGAGGAAGCCAUUUCCUUGAGUCAUUCAGCUAAAUCAGAUAGGAUUGGCAAAGAAUACAGGGCUGGUAAAUCUGGAGCUGGUCAUGAAUUAAAAAAUAAAUCUUAUAAACAUUCUUUAGUACAGAUGGUUAAUUCACCUAUUCAGAAGGAUUCUAGAUCCAGGAUAUCACAAGGGAGGAUGAAAAAAAAUGAGACUCAAUAUGAGAAUAAGGGUGUGACAUAUUUGAGAGACAGCAGUAUGAUAUCUGGAAGUGAGGAGACAGAAUCUGAUUCAUCUGAGCAGGUUGAGGAUGAUAGGUUCCCGAUUGCUACUAGGAAGUCAAACAAGCUCAUGAAAGGUGAUAACAAAGUCUAUGCUGGCUUCCCUGAUGUGAAUAAAAGGGGACAUACACCAGAAUCAAAUGCUGUGAAAGGGAAGAAUGGAGAACCUACAAAAAAGGCACAGCACCCAAGUGCAAAGCUGAGAAAUGCAGAAAAGAGGCAUAAAGCAAUGGCUGAUAUGCAUCAUUCUCCAGAGCAAUCCUUGUAUGCUGAUGAUUAUGGUGGUGGGGUGAUGGAUGAACAUAAGGAGAGUUUACAUGGUAUGCCCAAGUCACGAGGGAGCAAGAAAUUAAUCAACAAGUUAGUGAACAUGAUGGAGGUUUCUGAUGGUCCAAGGAUUGAUGCUGCUCAAGAGAGAUCGGAUAUGCCCCUUAUAGGUUGUAACUCUUUGUCUAAGAAAUCUAAACUGACAGUUAAUGCUCACCUCUUGAGUGAGCAAGAUGAAUCUGUCCACCUACAGGACAGUCCAAACCUACAGGUUGAUGACCGUGUUGGUACCAGGAAGGGUAAAAGGAAAAUAGAUGUUGAAACUGAGAUGCUGAAUGACAUUAAUCCGGAUUUGGUAAUAUCAGGGAAGGUUUCAGGAGAUGGCGAAGCUAAAGUUAAGUCACAGAAGAAACCAUUUACCAUUAUCACCCCAACUAUUCACACAGGGUUUUCAUUCUCUAUUGUACAUCUUCUUUCAGCUAUAAGGAAGGCAAUGAUUACUCCUCUUAUUGAAGAUACUGCACGGAUAGCCUCCCAUCUUCAUGACAACAGUGGACCUAAAAUUUUUACAGAUGGUCAGCACAAAGUACAUCAAAUAGCAACUGACAUACAUAUUUUGCAAUCAUUUGAGAAUAUGGGCAAACAUUCCACAGGAUCUGGAGAGGAUACUGGGUUUCUUUCUCUCACAGUUCAAGAGAUUGUUGAUCGAGUUAGAUUAAACCCAGGAGAUCCAUACAUUCUUGAAACACAGGAACCACUUACUGAUUUAGUCCGAGGAGUUCUGAAGAUUUUUUCAUCUAAGACGGCACCUUUGGGGGCAAAGGGUUGGAAACCCUUCGUAUCAUAUGAGAAAUCAAACAAAAGUUGGUCAUGGGUAGGUCCUAUUGCUUCUUCCUCACACAAUGAUAAUGGAGAAGAAGAAACUUUAGCAGAUGCAUGGGGAAUUCCUCACAAGAUGCUGGUAAAGCUGGUUGAUUCUUUUGCUAAUUGGCUUAAAAGUAGUCAAAUUACACUUCAGCAGAUUGGAAGUCUCCCACCUCCUCCUGCUUCAUUACUUUUGAACGUGGAUGAGAAAGCAAGGUUCAAAGAUCUAAGAGCCCAAAAGAGUCUGAACACUAUUAACCCCAGCUCUGAUGAAGUAAGAGCAUAUUUUCACAGAGAGGAAUUGUUAAGGUAUUCUAUUCCAGAUAGAGCCUUUUCCUAUACAGCUGCUGAUGGGAAAAAAUCUAUUGUUGCUCCACUAAAAAGGGGCGGUGGAAAACCAACCUCAAAAGCUCGGGAUCAUUUCAUGCUUAAGCCUGAUCGACCACCACAUGUGACAAUUCUUUGUCUUGUUCGAGAUGCAGCAGCCAGACUUCCUGGUAGAAUUGGAACUAGAGCAGACGUUUGUACCCUAUUAAGGGACUCUCAAUACGUUGUUGAAAACAUCUCUGAUGCACAAGUGAACCAAGUUGUGAGUGGGGCUCUAGAUAGGUUGCAUUAUGAACGUGAUCCUUGUGUGCAAUUUGAUAGCGAAAGAAAAUUGUGGGUUUAUUUACACAGGGAUAGAGAAGAAGAGGAUUUUGAGGAUGAUGGCACUUCAUCUACUAAAAAAUGGAAAAGACAAAGAAAAGAUUCACUUGAUCAAUCAGACAUGGGGCCUGUUAAUGAUGUGGAUAGUGCAGCCUUGGUUGGCGGCUCUGGGUUGGAUGAUGAACAUAAUUUUAAUGUUCUCACAUCACCAAUCAGAGCUGGGGGAAUAGCUGAAGUUUCUUCUGAAGAUGUUGGUCUAAAUAUAGAUAAUACUAAUGCUUGUAUUGAUUCCACCACUAUAAAAAAGGACCAUGAUAAUUGGGGUGGUCUAGGGUUGAAUCCAUUGAGGGAAAGAUUGGUAUGUCAGGAGAACUCUACAGAUGAUUUUGAUGAUGGAACAUUUGGUCAAGAACGGCCAAUUAGUCUUCAAUAUGACCUUACUAUGAAGAAUAGAUUAUACUAAACUUUAUCAGCAUGUUUAUGUUAGAUAACAUUUGUAACAAAAUUAUAGAUUCUUCAAGGGUCAAAUUGUCUCC